UGGCAUCUCUGGUUGCCGGCUCGUUUCAUUUGAUUGUGAUCGGCUUGUUUUCUUGCGUUGUGUUAUCAUUAAAGGCAGAUAAAUUACUUUUGUACAUUUAACGUUUUCUUCACUGACAGUUUUGUGUUCUCUAUUUCGCUUCUUCUGUAAAAAGUAUUAAAUUUUGUUGAAAGUUGCAUUUAUUAGUUGUGAUCUUGGCAGUCUAGAAAUGAUUAGAAAAGAUCAUCACAUUCUUCCCAAUACGCAGCCAGUUGCAGUUUUAGAAUGCGCCACUGCAUUUCGGGCUCUUACGGAAAAGGAAAAACUCUAUGCACAUCAUUUUAGUCAGGCAUCAUGGGCCGGAGGAUUGAUAUCGUUAGUUCAAUCGAGCCUAGAAGCUCCAAUUAUAUUUUCACUGCUGCAUCGCAUCUUUCUAUCAGAACCCAUAGAUGAACUUAGACAGGCCGCACUAGCGGCUAACGUUAGCGUGGAUGAUUUCACGGCUUUCCUGGUCUAUGCCUGCGGGUUUUGGGCCAACGCCGGAAACUAUAAAGCCAUGGGUGACAGUAAAAUCGUACCCAAUUUAGAUGAAAAUACGUUCGAGCAGAUAAUCAAAGUAUCAAAAGCAUUUGAAAAUGAUCGAACUACAAUUGAAAGUCUUUGGCAGAAGACAAAACGACCUAUAUUUUUACUUACUGAACGCACUAAAACUCUGGGUUUAUACGACCAAGGUAUAACUACAUAUCACUCCUCGAACGUGACUCGUAAGGAUACGGAUUUAGUCACCGAUUGGAUGAAGGAGAACAAAAUGGAAGCAUACAACUGUCGUUUGUUUAAGACCAUAGAGCAUGGUACCACUGUCUACAAUAUCAAACUUGCCUCUGCCGAAGAAGGUGAGAAAGUGGGCGUUACUAGAGCACCCACUGAAUAUAAAGGUUGCAUUUUCAAAGUCACCCGCGGUGAUUACCACGAAAUUUUACAGAAAGUGAACGAACAUAUGUUGGAAGCCAGCAAAUUUUCUGCUAACGAAAAUCAGAAGCAAAUGAUAGAAAAUUAUGUCAAAAGUUUCACAGAGGGUAGCUUAGAGCCACAUAAAACCGGAUCCCGAUAUUGGAUUAAGGAUAAAGGGCCCACGAUCGAGACCUACAUUGGGUUUAUGUUUACCUAUAGGGAUCCAGUUGGACAACGAGGUGAAUUUUAUGGAUUCGUAGCCAUGGUUAAUAAAGAGAUGUCUGCAAAAUUCGAGAGACUUGUUGAAAAUGCCGAAACGACUAUCAAAUUGCUACCCUGGGGCGAACACUAUGAAAAGGAUUGCUACUUGAAGCCCGAUUUCACCUCGCUAGAUAUACUAACAAUGGCCGGAUCAUGUUUGCCAUAUGGAAUGAACAUCCCCUCAUAUGAAGAGAUUCGCCAAGACGAAGGUUUCAAAAACGUCUCACUUGGAAACGUUUUGGCUAACAUGAACACAACAGAUCCGAUUCCUUUCCUCACGGAGCAUGAUCAAGAACUAAUGAAACGCUAUAAAGCUGCUUCAUUCGCAGUUCAAGUUGGACUUCACGAAUUGUUGGGGCAUGGCAGUGGAAAAGCGUUUCGAAUCGACGAAGAAGGAAAAUUCAACUUUGAUCAGCAGAAAGUCAAAAGUUUGCUUAGUGAUGAGUUGGUAAGUAAAUGGUAUAUGCCGGGUGAAACGUAUGACUCCAAGUUCAAGUCAUUAGGAUCAAGCUACGAAGAAUGCCGUGCCGAGGCGGUGGGCUUAUUCUUGUGCCUCAAUCAGGAUAUUUUAAAUAUAUUUGGGCAUUCAGAUCAGCAGGAGGCUGAAGAUAUUAUUUACGUGAAUUGGUUGCUAAUUGUUUGGGCUGGAGUAGGUAGCGCGUUGGAAAUGUAUAAUCCAACACAAAAAACCUGGCUGCAAAGUCAUAACCAGGCGCGAUUCGUAUUAAUGAAGGUCUUGCUUGAAGCAGGCGAUGGACUAGUGACCGUAGAAGAAACUGAAGCCGGUAAAAAUCUGCUGCUCACAUUGGAUCGCACAAAAAUAAAAACUGUAGGGAAGGAAGCUAUACGUCAAUUACUCGUGAAGCUGCAGUUUUUCAAAUCAACUGGAGACUUGGAGAAUGCUACCAAACUAUACAACCGUUAUUCAGAUGUCAAUGAGGAAGGGCCCCAUCCAUGGGCUAAGUGGCGUGAUAUUGUUUUAAUGCACAAGCGACCUCGGCUCAUAAACGUCCAAGCAAACACCAUACUGGACGAAAACGGUGCUGUCCAGCUUAAAUCAUACGAAUCCAGCUUCGAGGGUUACAUCCAGUCGUGGUUAGAUAGAAUCCCAAAUAAUGAAAUUGAUGAGAUCUUGGAACGGAUUCACGAACGAAAUAAGCAAUAUUUCGAAGAUAUUUGAUGAAACAGCAACAUUUGUUCCUCAAAUAAUAUUUUUAACGGGUUGACUAGCAACGGAUUACUAAAUGGCACAGACUCCAAGUAUUCCUUUCAACGAAUCAAUAAAUGACGACUCUCCUGCUGGGGGAUAGAAUAUCAUGUAAUAAAAAAUCGUUAAUCGAAGAUGUAUGGCAGUUUCCCAUUAAAAAAAUGUGUCUCCAAAAUAAAUAAUCUAACAGAGUUACUUUUUAUGUUUUAAGUUUAUUGAUCUUCCAACUGAAAAUCGUUGAAGGCUCUCGCACUGAGAGUUUCAAGGUCGUUUUUCAAGGUAAAUACUUUUCACAAUAUUAUGAACCACCCUAUGCCGGAUAAAUGCACCACCCUAAUGAAACAUAAUGUAUUCGAUGCUAGUUAUAAGGUAUAUAAUUAUACAGGCUGUUACUGCCGUGAUAAAAUUAAAUUCCAUAACCCGCGCGAGCAGCGCCAAUAAACUCAAAACGUAAAUAAACAGAAGAUCAAAUUUCAAUCGAAUGCUCCCGCAGGUAGCAUGUAGUAGCCAUGCACUCACAGGUAGAACGAUUGGCAACAAAAUAGUAAUUACGUAGGGUCAGCGUUUUGAGGCAGGUGGCUCACGCUGCCGUACUUUAAAGACUGUAUUAUACAUUGAUUUGUAAAUAUUGAAUUGUAAGCGUAAAAUUAGUAUAUAAGGAAAUUUUGAUUGAAUAAAAUCGAAGUUUAUGGUUAGUCUGAA